CCAACUGGUCUUGUAGCCCACUCCUCCCUGCUCGCUCUCUCUCUACACUCCUACACUCUAGUCUCUACUCUGAGCAGUCGCUUUUGUACUAUCCAUGCUUCCCUCUCCAUUUUUUCUUGAUUUGCGAUGUGAUUGGCCUCUAAUGAUCAUCACCAACCACCCAGACCCAGACCACACCUCACCACCGUCCUCCCCACCAAAAUCCAUGCUGGUAUCACAGCUAAAUUAACCAACCAUCGCGCCUUCCACCCCCAAAAUAAUCCAAUCUCUGCACCCACAUUGCCCCCAAAUCUAAACCAUUUGAGGCCAAACACCCUCCAAAUCCACCUUUUUCAUCAUUCCAUCCUGUCCUAAAUCCCCUCCCGUCCGAAGUCCUACCUUUCCCACUGCAUCCUCUGCUGAAAUCCAGAGAUUCUUGGCCACUUUGAUUGCCCGGUUUAUUUAUUUCCUGCAAAAAUCCAGCCCUGCAGCACCCAAUUCCAUGCAAAACCCCAAUCUUUGGCAAAUUUUUCUUGUAGAAAUUCAGUCUUUAGCUCACAAUUCUGCUCGGAAUCCAGGGAGAUCCACCAUUUCUGCCUGAGCCAAGAAGCGCUGGGCAGCGCCGCGCCCAUGUCGGACUCGGAGCUGUCUCAGGGCACGUUGGUGUUCGGUCUCCACCUGUGGGAGCUUGUCGGCAUCGGCGUCGGCGCCGCCUUCGUUCUCCUCCUCGUCCUCCUCUCCCUGCUGUGUCUCCUCGCCUCCCGCCGCCGCCGUCGCCGCCGUGCCGUCCCGACCACCCCCGUCCUCCACCUCCCUGUCACGGCGCCCAAUGCCCAGCCCAAGCACCCCACCAAGCCCCCCAGGGACAUCCAAGAAGUGCCUUCCCGCGCCCCCGCCGCCCCGGCCAAGGCGCCGCUCGCGCAGAUGCUCCAGGCGCCCCCGCCGGACUCCAUCCAGAUCGAGACGGGGAAGGAGCACCGCAUCACGUUUCCGGAGCAGCCGCCGCCGCCGCACCACCAGCGGAGCGGGGGGCCGUCGUCGCGGGGCGCAAGCGGCGAGAGCCGCGGCGGGGGCGGGGAGCCGGGGGUCCCGGAGGUGUCGCACCUGGGCUGGGGCCACUGGUACACGCUCAAGGAACUGGAGGCCGCCACGUGCAUGUUCGCCGACGAGAAGGUGAUCGGCGAGGGCGGCUACGGCAUCGUGUACCACGGCGUGCUCGAGGGCGGCAUGCAGGUCGCCGUCAAAAACUUGCUUAACAACAGGGGGCAGGCAGAGAGGGAAUUCAAGGUUGAGGUGGAAGCGAUUGGGCGGGUGCGGCACAAGAACCUGGUGCGGUUGUUGGGAUACUGCGCUGAAGGCAACCAAAGGAUGCUUGUGUAUGAGUAUGUCAAUAAUGGAACCUUGGAGCAAUGGCUCCACGGUGAUGUUGGUCCUGUGAGCCCUCUUACAUGGGAUAUCAGAAUGAAAAUUAUUCUAGGAUCAGCAAAAGGCUUAAUGUAUUUGCACGAGGGACUUGAGCCGAAGGUGGUUCACCGUGAUGUCAAGUCGAGCAAUAUUCUCCUUGAUAAGCAUUGGAAUGCUAAGCUUUCUGAUUUUGGGCUAGCAAAGCUUUUGGGCUCAGAGAGGAGUUAUGUCACAACGAGGGUCAUGGGAACAUUUGGGUAUGUUGCGCCAGAGUAUGCAGGCACUGGCAUGUUGAAUGAAACUAGUGAUGUCUAUAGUUUUGGGAUUCUUAUUAUGGAAAUAAUAUCUGGCCGGGUACCUGUUGAUUACAACAGGCCACCAGGGGAGAUUAAUCUUGUUGAAUGGCUGAAGACAAUGGUCAGCAGCCGAAAUUCUGAAGGGGUUUUGGAUCCAAAGAUGACUGAAAAACCUACUUCUAGAGCAUUGAAGAAGGCUUUGCUAGUGGCUCUGCGGUGCGUAGAUCCUGAAGCUCGUAAGAGGCCAAAGAUUGGGCAUGUCAUUCACAUGCUUGAAGUUGACGAUUUUCCCUACAGAGAUGAACGUCGAGGUGGCAAAGCACCAGCUCAAGCAAAACUGGCGGAAACACCAGCAAGCGAACCUGGUGAUAGCAGUGGGAACAACACACCAAAAGACACACCUGAUCAAGGCGAUCCUUUCACUUGGAGAAAUCUAGAGACCUAGCUAUCAGGAAAAUGGCAACCACUCUGAAUCCUAACGCCUGAUCAAGAACCUGGACACUGAGUUGCAAACGUGCAGCUCAUUUGCUGCACCAUUGGGUCGGUCAUAGAACUACGGAAGGCGCCUAUGGUGAUCAUGACAGUAUCUGUACAUUGUUGGAUUAAUAUGUUAGCCAUAGCGAUUUUUUUGUUUGUUUCUUUUGGGUCAUAUUUAUGCGAGAGAUGAUUUUGUAUGAUAAAAGGCGUGUACUCCGGAGGUAAAAAUCGAGCAUUGCUAUAGUUGAAACCAUUUCAGUAGGAUUGGCCCAUGACCUGGAAACUUGCUGCCUGCUUAAGCCAUUUGUGA